UUCAUAUCUGCUCCCUUUCUCCCUCCUCUUUUUCUUAGCAGCUUCUGACUUCUUUCUCAGUGUUUUCUCUUUGACCGUUUUCUGUUGUAGGAUUUGAGAAGGCUAUAGUGCUUUUGAGAUCCUCGGGAUUUCUUCCAUUGGUGUUAGGUACUUGCCAAGGUUUUGGUUGCUGGUCCUCGACUGCUCUUUGGAGUGGAAGAAUGACAGUAGAAGAGAGCGGGAGAAGCAAGGGGAAGGAAGCGGAAACCAUAGACAAGUUCCCUGCGGGCAUGCGCGUUCUCGCCGUCGAUGAUGAUUCCACUUGCCUCAAGUUGUUGGAGAAUCUUCUCCUGCGCUGCCAUUAUGAUGUUACAACAACCAGUCAGGCAAUCGUUGCUUUGAAGCUGUUGAGGGAGAAUAAAGACAAGUUUGAUCUGGUUAUCAGUGAUGUCCACAUGCCAGACAUGGAUGGUUUCAAGCUUUUGGAGCUUGUGGGCCUCGAAAUGGACCUCCCUGUUAUUAUGCUGUCUGCAAAUGGUGAUACCAAAGCUGUGAUGAAGGGGAUAACUCAUGGUGCUUGUGACUAUCUGUUGAAGCCCAUCCGGAUUGAGGAGCUUAAGAACAUUUGGCAGCAUGUGGUUAGGAGGAAAAAGUUAUAUUCAAGAUAUCAGAAUAAAGGGGAGAGUAGUCUGAAGGCCCAACUUCCUAAUUCCGAAGGUGUGCAGGGGCCUCAUGAUCGUAGUGAUGAGCUUAACAGGAAGAGGAAGGGUCAGAUGGAAGAAGAUGAAGUAGAUUCUGAAGAAAACACACAUGAGAAUGAAGAUUCCUCCACCCAGAAGAAGCCAAGGGUCGUUUGGUCCAUUGAGCUGCAUCGCAAAUUUGUUGCUGCAGUUAAUCAAUUGGGCAUUGACAAGGCUGUACCCAAGAAGAUACUCAGUCUCAUGAAUGUGGAGAAGCUAACAAGAGAAAAUGUUGCAAGCCAUCUACAGAAGUACAGGCUCUACCUGAAAAGGCUCAGUACUGUGGCAAACCAGCAAACUCACAUGGCCACCAUUUUAGGAGGUAGAAACUCCUAUAUUAAUAUGAGUUCAUUAGAUGGUUUUAGAAAUUUUCAUACACUGAGGGGAUCUAGACAGCUACCAACUCUUGCAUCUUUUCAACCAAAUGGAUUACUUGGUACAAUGAAUAGUUCAACUGCAUUUGGAAUGCAUGGUUUGGUACCUUCUCAGACUGUUCAACUUGGCUGCACCCAGAACACCAGAAGCUAUCUUUUUAAUGAUCUCAGGAAGCUUCAGGGCAUUAGUCAACCAGGAAACCAUCAAGGAAAUUCAAUUCAGGGGAUGCCAACUUCUAUGGGACUAGGUCAGCUGCAACAACUCAGGGUAGUGCAGGAAGCAAACAACAUAUUGCCUUCUGGUUUGUCUGGCAGUGGACCGGCCAAUGGUGUUUUCAGCAACUCUUUUGCUAAUAUGACAAACAAUACUUUGUCAGUACAAGCAAAUAAGGGGCAGAUGCAGGCUGGGGAAUCAGGCAGUUAUUCUUCUGUUAGAAUGCCUUCCUCUAGCUUAGACCCUUUUGAGUAUUGUUUUGGGGACUCUUCUCACUUUCCUGAUCUUGUUAGAUGGGAUGACACUUGGCAAGAUGCUCUUCCAUCAACUGAUUAUUGUGCAAGCACUUUGCCUAUAAGUGUCCCUUUUAGUAAUAACUGUUCUUCUACCAACAACAUUGGAGCCAGUAUUUCUCAAAUUAUAUCAAAUAUGGAUGGUGAUAUUUGUUGUCAACCUUCUCUCCAUGUUUCAGUAGCACAUAUGCAUGACUUGGUGAUAGGAAAUGAUGUGCAUGGCCAAGUCAGCUCAGUUGGUAGGAGCAUGAUGCCCAUUCCAAUAGGUGCUAACGAAGACACAAAGUUAUCAGACUUUGGAAGCUCAGACAAAUCUAAACAGAAAUUUGAGGAUCGGAAACAGAACUGUAGCUUUAAUCCUAUUCCUAAUCGGACAUUGAGCAAUGGCAUUGGCAAUAAAAAGAUGGACACAGAUGUGAUUGAUCAAACAGUGCUUGAUGCUCCAGGCCUUGCACAAGACUGCAGUAUUGACAAGUCAAGAGCUGAUGGCCAGCUGACUUGCAAGGAUGAAGAUGCACUGGAAAGCACAAAGUCGCAUUGUGAUUUUAACUCUACUGAUUGCAGCUAUGAUGGACUUGUGAAUGCCAUGAUUAAACCGGAGCUUAAUGAUGUCAAAUUCAUGGAUGGAGAUUUCGGAUGUGAAUGUUAAUAUGGAAGUGAAACUCUUCAGUUUGAGAACUGAUGGUUCAUUGGUGAUAGGUUUGUACAUUAUUUCUAAACUUUGUUUAUGCUGUUAUGCAGUCCCUCUGUCAAGGGUGCUAUUUACAGUUGUCGCAUUAGUUUACCUUUGCUUCUUUUCUAGGAUAUUCAA